ACUGUAUUAAAAGUUAGUAGUAUGAAAUCUAUAAAGACUUUGUACAAGUACAGAGAGAGUGCUUCAAAUUCUUGUACAACACAUUUAUUUACUAUUAAAAUUUUUUGCUUCUAUCUCUUGUUUGUAGAUCCAACUUACAUGGCCAAAUGUUGUGACAAGCCAUUUCCAGGUUAUUGUACUUCAACACAAGAAGCUUCCUAUACAAAAAUUAAAAAUAGAAAAUUUGAGAAGCAAAGCUUUAGUGAUGUGUUUAAUAAAACAUUUUCAAGAAAUGUUUCCCCUAGUGUAAAUAAGACAUUUAAUUGUGUUAUGUGUGGCAAAGAAUUCUGCAGAAAUAGUGACCUAAAAAAACAUUUGAGAAUACAUACUGGGGAGAAACCAUUCAAAUGUGUUGUUUGUGACAAACAAUUUGGAAGUAGUAGUGACCUAAAGAAACAUGAAAAGAUACAUACUGGGGAAAAGCAACACAGUUGUAUAGUGUGUGGAAAAGUCUUUGGAAGAAACAGUGACCUAAAAAUACAUGAGAGGAUACACACUGGGGAGAGACCAUACAGUUGUGUUGUGUGUGGCAAACAAUUUGGAAGUAAUAGUGAUCUGAAAAAACAUGAAAAGGUACACACUGGUAAGAAACCAUACAGUUGUAUAAUGUGUGGUAAAAGAUUUGGAAGAAAUGGUGACUUAAAAAUGCAUAAGAGGAUACACACUAGAGAGAAACCAUACAGUUGUGAUAUGUGUGGCAAAGAAUUUGGUAGAAAUAGUGACUUAAAGAUACAUUUGAGAAUACACACUGGGGAGAAACCUUACAGUUGUGUUAUGUGUGACAAAGACUUUGGAAGCAAUAGUGACCUGAAGAAACAUGAAAAGAUACACACACGAGAAAAUCAACACAGAUGUGUAGUGUGUGGGAAAGAUUUUGGAAGAAAUAGUGACUUAAAAAUACAUCAGAGGAUACACACCGGGGAGAAACCCUACAGUUGUGUAAUAUGUGGAAAAGAAUUUGGAAGAAAUAGUGACCUAAAAAUACAUGAAAGGAUACAUACUGGAGAGAAACCAUACAGUUGCAUAGUUUGUGGCAAAGAAUUUGGAAGUAAUAGCAGCCUCAAAAAACAUGAGAUGAUACACACUGAGGGCAAACAGUAUAGCUGUAUAGUGUGUAGCAAAGAAUUUAGAAGGAUUAGUGACUUAAGAAAACAUGAGUGGAUGCACACUGUAAAGAAGCCAUAUAGUUGUGUAGUGUGUGGCAAAGAAUUUGGAAUCAAAAGUUAUCUAAAAAGACAUCAGAGUACACAUACUGUAGAGAAACCUUAUGCUUGUGAAAUAUGUGGCAAAGAAUUUGGGGUUAUAAGCUACCUAAAAAAACACCGAAAAAUUCAUACCAAAGAGAAAUCUCCUGUAAACUACUGGCCUGGCCCUCCAGUACUACUGACAGCAUCUCAUUUAAUAAGAACAGAAGAAGGAUCUUCAUGUUCCAUUUUUGAUUUCAAAGUAGAAAAACAGGAGCAAGAAGAGAACCAUGAUGGAGUAACAAAGACAACUAAGAACACAUUUGUUGGAAUAAUAACUGAGAAACAUGCUGAUUUAAAAGUUGGCAUUAUUUCCAAGUUCAGUGAGAGUGAUGAUGAUAAUGAUCAAGAGUAUUCCAAACAUUAUGCUUUGAGUGUAAAAAGAGAAAAUGAAUUUCAAGAAGAGUUCCUACAACUUGAAUCAGGGAUAGGAAAUACAUCUGAUCGAAAGACUUAUGUGAACAACCAUUGUGAAAGAAAGUUCUCUGAUUGUAUUUUAUUACAAGAAACAUCCAGUUUCAGAAACAGAAAUUCUCAGCAACCAAACAGUGAUGAUGUGCUUGGCAACAAAUGUUCAAUGGAAAGUAUCUUAAAAAAAUGUCAGGUUUCCCACAUUGGAGAUAAUCCAUACAUGUGUGUUUCAUGUGGCAAAACAUUUGGCAAUAAAGGUAAAUUUGAAUUGCAUGAGAAGGUGCACACUGGUGAGAAACCAUAUAGGUGUGGAGUUUGUGUCAAAAUAUUUGCUAAAAGUUUUAAUCUAAAGGAGCAUCAGAGGGUGCAUACUGGUGAGAAACCACAUAGAUGUGAAGUUUGUGGCAAAACAUUUGCCAAAAAUGGUCAUCUAAAGGAACAUCAGAGGAUGCACACUGGAGAAAAACCAUAUAGUUGUGCAGUAUGUGGUAGAGGAUUUGCUAAAAAGGACCACCUUAAAAAACAUGAAGUGUUACACACUGGGGAGAAACCCUACAGGUGUAUUGUGUGUGGCAAAGGAUUUGAAAGUGGCAGUAACCUAAAUAUUCAUAAGAAGAUACACACUGGAGAGAAACCGUAUUUUUGUGUUGUAUGUGGCAAAGAAUUUAAACAAAAUAGUGACCUUAUAAAACAUGAGAGGUUGCACACUGGAGAGAAACCAUACAGCUGUAUAGUGUGUGACAAAAAAUUUGCUACAAAUAAUCAGCUUACAAUACACCAAAAAAUUCACACGGGGGAGAAACCAUACAUUUGUGUAGUUUGUGGCAAAGGCUAUAGAAGUAGUAGUACACUAAAAAACAUGAAAAGAUACACUCUGGGGAGAAACCAUACAAUUGUAUAGUAUGUGGUAAAAAAUUUGGUACAAAUAGUCAAUUAAAGAUACAUCUAAGAAUACAUUCUGGAGAGAAACCGUACCAUUGUGUAAUGUGUGGCAAAGGAUUUGGAAGAAAUAGUCACUUAAAAGUACAUCAAACUAUUCACACUGGGGAGAAACCAUACAACUGUGUAGCUUGUGGCAAAUAUU